CAUCUUGUCACACGUUAUUCAUCGCGUUCUUUGCCUUUACCUCUGAUCAGGAAGACAUUUUAAGCUUCGGCCUCCAAAAACUUGGGUAUGAAAAGUUCAGGGAAGGUCAGGAAAAGGUAGUAUUGUUAUAUUUAGACGGAAAGGAUGUUGUGUUUUGUGUACCAACGGGUUCCGGAAAGUUGCAUUCGUCUUUGAAGCCAUCGCCAAUGGAGUCGGAAAUGCAGAAAAGCAAACGAAAAUAUUGUCCGUUUGUCUUCUGGUGGCCCCUUCUGGUGGCUCAUGAAAGACCAAGUACAAGGAUUGAGGAAACGAGGGAUCUCUGCAGCAAUGAUCGGGCCCGAGACCAGUACGGUUGAGCUGGAAAACCUCCGAAAAGGCAAAUACAACCUUUCGGAAGCCCGGAGGCGCUUGCUCAAUUCCCACAGAAAUGUCUUCAGAGACCUAAAGAACAACAUCAAAGCCGUUUUUAUCGACGAAAGUCACUGCAUAGCGAAAUGGGGCAAAGAUGAUAAAAAGACCGCAGCAUUUCGAAAAGAUUACGGUCGCCUGAGAUCUCUUCUCAAGAAAGUGCCAUUGGUUUGUGUCACAGCCACUGCAACUGCGAAAACAAUGGAAAUCAUAACAAAGGAUCUGUGUUUAAAUGAAUGUGACGUGAUAGAUAGUAACCCAAAUAGGCCAAACACAAAAUACUCGGUGAUUUCUAUUGACAUUGAUGACCUCUGCGGAGCUUUCCAAUGGCUGAUCAAGGAAUUGCGGGAGAAGGGGCAAGAGACAAAAAAAGUAAUUGUGUUCUGUAGGAAAAAAGAACACAUGAAAGAACUGUUUGAUCUUUUUGGAGAACAAUUGGGGGACCAGGCAUAUCAUCAGCCAACCGGGGCAGAGCCAAGGGAUGAUAGGAGUAGGCUUUUUGCCAUGUACCACAAAAGAACCCAUAAACUUGUGAAGGGAACCAUUGAGACUGAAUUUUGUAAGGCAGAUGGUAUUGUGAGAGUUGUGUUUUGUUCCAUUGCAUUUGGCAUGGGAGUCAGUUAGAAACAUUUAUUUGGAUAUUCAUUUGGGUCCCUCAACUGAUAUUGAUUAUUAUGUUCAAGAGACCGGGAGAAUUGGGAGAGACUCAACUCAAAUGAGUUAUGCGGUAAUUUUAAAGUUUAAUUAAAGCUUGUACAGCUACAAAGAAUAUCAGCAAGGAAAUGAGAGACUAUGAGAAAAACAACGCUCACUGCAGGAGAGAAAUGCUUUUGCGCCCAUUCAAGGCAACAGCUGCUAAAAACAAGAAUUUGCAUGCUUGCUGUGAUGUCUGUGCCUUGCAGUGCAAAUGCUUGUGUUUAUGUUUUAGUCCAGAAUGCUCUUGUGAUUUCAAGUGUGACCAGGAGAAACACAAGUCGGUGGUUGAGAAGCAUCUUUUAAGAAGAACAGAGCCUGGUAAUGGGGCUGAAAAAAUGCGAGUGAACACUGUGUCACAAGAAAAGGCUUUGGCUAUUGGGAAAGAAUUGAUGGACUACAGAUCAGAGCUGGCAUCAAAUGCCAAGGAUAUGCUUGUAACAGGAACUGAUAUUGCUACUGGUUACAUCAAGCAAUUGAUUAAUAGAAUUGUUGCAAAUCUUGCAUACAUUAGAGAUAAGAAGUAUUUACAGACAAACUUUGCAUUUUAUUCUGAUGAACAUGUCACUAGAACAUGGAUAAUUAUUCAGGGACAUCUACAAAGUGAUCAAGAAUCCAUGGAUGAUUCAACUAGUGACAAUGAGGAGUCUGAUGAAUCUGAGGUAACUGAUAUCCAGUCUUCUGGCACCUCCUAUGAUUCCAGCCCCAUAUUUCGUAGGAAGAAAGUAACUGGAAUUGUUUUUUCUGAUGACGAGUUUUUGUCAUCUGAAGUAGACUCAAACUAAACAAAUCGAUGUAGGGUAGAUGCUAUUACAGAUCUUUCAAUCUUAUUAGGUCAUAUGGAUCUUAUCUAUUAAACAAUAAAAUCGUGAACCCUA